AUGGUGCCACCUGGCGCCACAGACCCUCUAACUCAAGUUCGAGCCAGUCCGCCAUCAUCGCUGUGUUUGUCUCCGUAUUUAUCUCGCCGCUUUUAUCCUUAUCAGUCGAUUCCGUGGCCGGGCCUUGUCGCUACACUUGCCCGCAAACAUUCCGUCGAACCACUAUCGGAGUUCGAAUUGUUUCAUCAGCCUGGCUCAUUACCAUUACCCUCCUUCUAUUCCAUGUCUGGACACUGGUUCAAGAUAGUCUCAGGCGCCUGUAAAGCUAAACACGCCCCACCAAAGUCCAAGUACAUCGAUGCCCUCGUCUCAUCCACCUAUCAGGCCGACGGAUCCUUCCAAGAUGUCUCGCGUGCAUUGCGUUCGAAACUCCGGGACCCCAAUUCAUCCGUUGUCUUCAAAGCACUCCUCGUCAUCCACACCCUUAUUCGCGCCGGCAAUGCGGAAGAAGUGAUGACCUACUGGUCCGGUCUCGAUGGCCGUGACGGCCGGUCCCUCGGCCUGAAAGAUGUCGUCUCCACCACCGACACGCCUCAGAAUCUAUCCCGUUACGCCAACUAUCUGCUCGCAAGAUUCAAGUGCUAUGCUGCUCUCAAGCAUGACCCCAUUCGUACCCGAUCCGAGGCACCCGCCUCACUCCGCAAUUCUUCCAGAAAUGGUGCCAACAGAAUUCGAUCACUGACCGUCGAAAAAGGCCUCUUGCGUGAAGUAGGGACCCUCCAGAAGCUAAUGGAUGCCCUCGUAGAUUGUAAGUUUUACUUAGAAGAUACCGACGACGACUUGGUGAUGUCAGCAUUACGGCUACUAGUGAAGGACCUGCUAGUACUGUUUCAAGCCGUCAACGAAGGUGUUAUCAACGUUCUAGAGCACUAUUUCGAAAUGUCGCACGUCGAUGCUACUACCGCUCUGAAGACUUACAAGAUAUUUUGCAAGCAGUGCGAAAGAGUCGUUUCUUAUCUGGGUGUUGCAAAGAAACUCCAAAACAUCAUCAACGUCAACAUCCCCAACUUGCGGCACGCCCCAGUCUCCCUUUCUGGGUCGUUGGAAGAAUAUCUCAACGAUCCAAACUUUGAAACUAACAGGCAAGAGUACAGGGAGAGCAAGCGAAUAGCUGAUGGCCGACCUGCUCCAGUGGCUUCUACUCCGAAGCCGAAACCCACAGAAUCAGCCAGUGCUCCGGCCCCUUCCACCGAGCCAGCAACCCAGCCAGCCGAAUCCCAAAAGGCGUUCAUCGAUUUCUUCGAGUCGAUUGAAUCCGAACAACAGUCCAUGUUCAAUCCAAACUCAAUGUCGCCAACCUCAAACUACUUCCAACAACAGGCCGGCAUAAAUCCAUUUGGUCAGCCGAACACUGGAAUACCGACAAUCAAUUCAGUAUUUCCUCAACCAACGGGCAUGAUACCCCAUCCUCCUGGUAGAGAGUCCAUGGGUCAGGCUUUGUUUGGAAAUCUGAAUGGACCCCAGCCGCCCCAGUUUCUCCAAUCGCAACCCACCGGAUUCUCACCCGGUGGCCAACUCAUGAACCCAGUGCAACCUCAACUUACGGGAGCUAUGAAUCCUUUCCGUCAGAGUACCUUCAGUACUCAGAGCAUGGGCAAUCUUGGCAUGGUGUCAUCGCAACCCACCGGGGCCAAUCCAUUUUCACAGUUCGCUUCCAACCCAGCUAUCAGUUUAUCGACGAUUCCCAGCUCACCAUGGGGCCCUCCAUCGGGCCAACCUGAUCGAUCAAGUGGUGCGAUGUCAGCACCUCCAAUCCAGGCAGCAGGCAUGAAUAAAUUCGAUGUGCUUUCGCCUCUCAGCUCUUCAAUUUCACCAUCCAGCACUCAUUCUAUCGCCAGCCCCCUUAAGUCUCAAGUGACCGGCUCGCGGAAUCCCUUUGCGCUACUCCCCGGCUCAACCUCAACACCACCUGUUCCCAAACUACCUUCCGGUAAUGCCCCAUCAAUGAAUGCACUAGCCGCAUCAGCCUUCUCCCAGUCGAUGAUCCAGCAGCGUGCGCGUGAACAAGCAGCACAACUCCAAUUCCAACAGCAACAACAAAAACAGCAGCAGCAAAGUGCGCCACCAGCUCAAUCAUCGGCGGUCCCCGAUGCAGCGACGCAGGAGCGAUUGGAAGCAGAGGCUCGGAAGAAGCAGGAGUUCCAAGAGUUCUUCGGGAAGCAAUUGUCGAAGUUGGAGGGGGGCGGAAAGGACCUUCAGAGCGCGAAUGCCGCCGGGACCGGCGGGUUAUUCAGUAACGUGGCCAGUGAAUUCGCAGUGACGAAGCCCAAGGCACAGACUGAUCAAAGUCAACAGGUAGGGGUUGGAGGAGGAGGAGGACUAGGACUGAUGAGCCAGCCGACCGGCUUUAACAGCUCGGCCUUUGACAACCAGUCUUCCCUCCACAACUCUCUUCCUGCCAUCCUCCCCCAACGCACCGGGUUCGGCGGCUCCACAAUCAAGCCGUUCCAGCCCUCGUCUUCCUUCGGCGCCUCCCUCGCUGCUCAACUUGAACAAAGACCUGCUCUCCCUGGCCAACAAGUCACGCAGUCCAACCCCUUCGGACAGGCCCUCUCAAACGCCAAUCUUAAUUCCUCUGGUCUUCUUCCUAAUAACAAUGAUAGCCAGGAUCUUAUGGGAUUUGCUUCUAACUCCAAUCAGCCCUCUAGCAAUCAACCUUGUAUUCCUAGCCACACCCCCAGUUUAAUUUGA